AUGAGUACCGGCAAUAAUCCCUCCUUGUGGAACGAUGUAAAGGCAGCCGCCAAGGUCGCCGGCAAGAAAGCGAAUGUGGCAGCCCAAAAAGCCAAGAUUCACGCCGAAUUGGUGAUUGUCAAGAACAAGAUCAAGACGCGCAAACACCAAUUUGGAAUUGAAUUGUACGACUUUUUGGUUCCCUUUGCCGAGAAGGAUCCUUCGUUUAUAAUAGAAAGCGAUACACUCACGCACAUCCAAGGACUCUUUGUCACGGCAUUCAAAGACAACAAAGCGCUGCUGCAGAAAAAGGCCGCCAAAGAACAAGACCUCAAUCGAGCGUACGAGAAACGCGCCAUGGCAUUUCCCGUACCCGCAGAGACCAUUAGUGAAAAAGUCGUCAAUGCCGGAAAGAGUGCCAAAAUGGCCGGAAAUGAAACGGCACUCAAAACAAAAAUGAACAUGUACGAAAUGGAAAUGAACGAAAACAAGAAAAAUUUUGGUGUGCAAGCGUAUGGGUUACUAGUCCAAUUAGAAGACAAUUCCAAAUGGUUGCCCACCGAUAGAGAUGUACGCUUCUUUUACGAUCAAGCCAGACGAGAAAUCAUGCAAAUGGAACAAGAACGAGCCAACAAAGAAGCUGAUCUGGGUGUACUGGGAUUGCAGGUAUGA